CGGCGCCUGUAUACCGGACAUUGUAGUAACCAACUGUGCAACGGUAAUGAACGCAAAUGGAGUGGUGUAGCGAAAAAGCGUGUUUUGUUAAAUAAUUUGUGCAAUUAUUGCCUUAAACGUCUGUGAAAUAUAGUUUCGUGUGUCCGUUUUUGGCUAUGGAGAACUCAAACUCGGAAGGUGUCGUCAUACCGGACAUUUCCGAAGCCGAGCAGCUUGCGAAUGAGCACGAUGGCGGCGAUAAUGGAGAAAAUGUUGAUACGAAAGAUCCAAGAAUUGCCACGGUAUCUGUUAGGCAUGCAGGUGUUCCUGUGUCUUUGCCCGUCGGGUCUCUUAUCACCAGUACUUUUAAUGUUAUUACACAAGACCAAAUUCCUCAUUUUAAGCCUAUGCUUUGUGUUGAUAACGGAUACAUAGCAACAGACGGCUCAGGAAACGAACUAAAAACAAUUGUUAUCCAAGAGGACGUUUCAGGCGGUAGUUCGACUCCUGUAACAGUUUCAGCUCCUUCAGUAGGUUCGUGGAACGAGGCUGCCAGUUUACCAGUUUUGCCUGUUAGAUGUAAAAAUACUUCAGCUGAACUCCAUAAAUUCCGAUUCGGUUCGGGGGGAAGAGGGCGCUGCAUUAAAUUGGGAAAUUCUUGGUAUACUCCAAGCGAAUUUGAAGCUCUUUGCGGGAGAGCAUCCAGCAAAGAUUGGAAAAGAAGUAUAAGAUUUGGAGGAAGAAGCCUUCAAACACUUAUAGACGAAGGUAUUAUAUUGCCACAUGCUACAAGCUGUACCUGUGCCGCUUGUUGCGAUGACGAGACUGCAACAGGACCAGUUAGACUUUUCACUCCAUACAAAAGGAAGCGACGAAAAGAGAGCGAUCCAUCUAGAAGAACAAAUGGAGACGACAGCGACCACCAAUCCAAGGAAGAAGUGUGGCAAAGUUUGGCCGACGGCCUUGACUCCACCGAUUAUCAAAUGAUGGAACCCAUAGCCUCUGCCGACCCAUCGUCGCAACUUAAGCGAUUGGAAAAUAUCGGAAAUCAAAUAAACAGGUUGGCUGUGGAGUUUCGAAGAGGCUUGGAGGAACUCAAGGAAACUUUAAAUCGACAGCAAGAUAAAUUUUUAAGAGAGAAAGAGUCAGCAAUUUUGGCUGCUAGGGUUGAAGCUCAAGUAGCUGCUUUACAACCUGAAAGUAAUAAUGAUUCCACACUGCAACCUGCUUUAGACAAUGAUAAUCAUAAGAAGUGCGCCAAUUGUAAUAGAGAAGCCUUGGCAGAAUGCUCUCUCUGUCGAAGAACGCCAUAUUGUUCAACGUUUUGUCAGCGCAAAGACUGGGCAUCACAUCAAGUGGAAUGUGUCAGAGGUGUUUCUGAAGCAGGUCAGCAGUCUAUUAUGCUUAUUGUUGAAAGUACAGAUCAACAAUAAUUUAUCAAAAAUCAACAUCAAAUUAUUUGGGUUGGGUUGACAAACCAUACAUUUUUAAAUUGUAAAUAAAAAAUAUUAAACUAAGUUAGUGUAAAAUAAUUAAAAUUUAUUAUUUAAAAUUGUAUUAUUCAUUCUAUUCUACAUAUAUACAGUAGACUGGGCCAAAAAAAUCAACUAUUUUUUUUAAGUAUAUCGAAAAUAUG